AUGGCGCAACAAGAUGCUCAGGCCGGCGCAUCCGAGGUCAUCUUGCCCAAAGCUCCAGGACGGGAGGAUGAGGAUCCGAGAGAGCGCAUCAAUGUCAUGAUCGACAUUUUCAACAGCAGCCUCCACUCCAGCGGAAAGGCUGACCGGGGCUUCUACAACGAGAUUCGGUCAGCCAUGCAUAUCAUAUACAACCGCAACCCCAGUGAUCUAACGAUUUCCCGCCCCCUCACCGAAGCCGAGAAGCGACAAGGCCAAAACGGCAGCUCCCAAAUGAUCCUGGUGUCUUUGGGAAACAACCACUACAGGGAGCUGGAUAUGAUUUGCGAGAUUGAAGGGAUUACCUACGUUGUUGAGGCUAAGAACACAAAAACGAGCGACCAACAUCAGUUGCGGGCUAAUGUUCUCUUGGCACGGCAGCAGGGCUGGGGCGUCAUGUACGUUUUGCGGGAGAACAAGACCAGCCAGGCACAGGCUCUUAGGAACACGUUCAAAACGAUCCCCGAAGCGCAGCAUCUGCCGCCCUUGAAGAUUGUCUGCAUCUCGGAUAAGAUUGAGGACAUAUUCCAUGACGGUAAACCCCACGAAAUUUCGCGGAUCAUCACGAAUGAUGAUAUAUUUAGCCGGGAUUACUGGGAGGGUGAACUUGGUAGAAAGAUAUCGUUCUCAGAGGCACAGGAGCUAUCGCGGAAACGGGAGGAGAGAUAG